GCCAGGCUCCAUGUCAAAUCCAGUUUGGAGCACAGACCUGAGAACCACGCCGGAGGUGGUAGGCUCACCAAGUGGCUAUGGGUGGCAACAGUGGACAGCCUGGCCUCCACACUUACAGAUCCCUAGCUGAGGAAGCCCCCUUUGUCUCUGCGGAGCCGCCCAAAAGACCCAUGGGCAGACUCAUCAUGCACAGCAUGGUCAUGUUCGGGCGAGAGUUCUGCUAUGCGGUGGAGGCGGCGUAUGUGACCCCAGUUCUGCUCAGCGUGGGUCUGCCCAAGAGUCUGUACAGCAUGGUGUGGCUCCUCAGCCCUAUCCUGGGAUUCCUGCUGCAGCCUGUGGUCGGAUCAGCCAGCGACCACUGCCAUUCCAGGUGGGGCCGCCGGAGACCCUAUAUCCUUACCCUGGGCAUCAUGAUGCUCAUCGGCAUGGCUCUAUACCUCAAUGGGGACACUGUUGUAGCAGCUUUGAUUGCUAACCCAAGGAGGAAGCUGGUUUGGGCCAUAAGUGUCACCAUGGUAGGUGUGGUUCUCUUUGAUUUUGCUGCUGACUUCAUUGAUGGGCCCAUCAAAGCCUACUUAUUUGAUGUCUGCUCCCAUCAGGACAAAGAGAGGGGCCUCCACUACCAUGCCCUCUUCACAGGUUUUGGAGGUGCCCUGGGUUACGUUUUGGGGGCCAUAGACUGGGCCCAUCUGGAACUGGGAAGAGUGCUGGGCUCAGAAUACCAGGUCAUGUUCUUCUUCUCCUCCUUGGUGCUCACUUUCUGUGUUAUUGUUCAUCUGUGCAGUAUUCCUGAAGCCCCACUUAGAGAUGUUGCAAAGGACAUUUUCCCACAGCAAGCCCUCCAGGAACCUACACUGUCAUCAGAUGGAAUGUAUGAAUAUGGUUCUAUUGAGAAAGUUAAAAAUGGUUAUAUAAAUCCCGAGCCAGCAAUGCAGAGAGAAAAAAACAAAAAUCAUGCUGAACAGGCUCAUAGGACAAUGACCAUGAGGUCACUGCUGAGGGCGCUGAUGAGCAUGCCUCCCCACUACCGCUACCUUUGCAUCAGCCACCUCAUUGGAUGGACUGCCUUCCUGUCCAACAUGCUCUUCUUCACAGAUUUCAUGGGCCAGAUUGUGUAUCAUGGGGAUCCCUAUAGUGCUCACAACUCCACAGAGUUUCUCAUCUACGAAAGAGGGGUUGAGGUUGGAUGUUGGGGCUUGUGCAUCAACUCCGUGUUCUCCUCAGUUUAUUCUUACUUUCAGAAAGCUUUGGUAUCCUACAUUGGAUUAAAGGGUCUUUACUUCACGGGGUAUCUGCUGUUUGGCCUGGGGACCGGCUUUAUUGGGCUCUUCCCGAAUGUCUACUCCACCCUGGUCCUGUGCACCAUGUUUGGCGUCAUGUCCAGCACUCUGUACACUGUGCCCUUUAACCUCAUCGCUGAGUACCACCGUGAGGAGGAGGAGGAGAGGCAGCAGACCCCGGGAGGGGACCCCGGCAGCAGCAGGAGAGGGAAGGGCGUGGACUGUGCCGCCCUCACUUGCAUGGUGCAGUUGGCUCAGAUCCUGGUCGGAGGUGGCUUGGGAUUUCUGGUCAACAUGGCUGGGAGCGUCGUCGUUGUGGUGAUCACGGCCUCUGCGGUGGCUCUGAUUGGCUGUUGCUUCGUGGCUCUCUUUGUUAGAUAUGUGGAUUAGGUCAAUAAAGAGACAUUGACCCAUGCCUCA